AUGGUUUCAGAUUCCAUCCCGACAGAACUCAUCCUCGAGAUAUUGUUGAGAUUGCCAGCAAAGUCAAUCACAAGGUUCCAUUGCGUGUCGAAGCAAUGGGCAUCAAUGCUUCGUUGUCCAUCUUUCACAGAGUUGUUCCUGACCAGGUCCUUGGUUCAGCCGCGUCUCUUAUUUGCCCUCGAACAAAUUAAUAUGUGGAGCUUCUUCUCGUUGCCUCAACAUCAUAGUCGUCCCUAUGAGAAGUCAUCUUCUCCUCUUGAGGUAGCUGCCAACUUUCAUAUGAAAUUCCCUCCAGGAAAUAUGAAGAUCUAUCCUAGUCGUGACCGGCAAUUUUCAUGUGGCUACGCCUCUGGUUUGACCUAUUUCUAUGGUAUGUGGAUCAAACCGACAGAUUCCUAUGGAGUGCCUGUCAUAUGUAACCCAAUAACAGGAAGAUAUGCGGCCUUACCUUAUCUGCAAAGGUAUAGAAAGGCAUUUAGCUUUUUUGGGUUUGAUCCGAUUGACAAGCAAUUCAAGGAAUGGUCAAAAUAUGCCUACAAUCUGAAGGGUGAUAAUUUCACAUUUCAUAAUGUUUUCGUCGUUGGAGCGACUGCUAUAGAGAGGAAAACUUUCCGACCUUUUGAAAUCCAAGGUUUUGGAGAACGUUACAAUCAUAGUAAAGUCUAUGUCUGUGACCAUGUUGAUGAUCUUAAUGUUAACGAUCCAAAUCUACUCAAGUCAAGCAUCUAA